AUGAACAGCAAAACACAUAAGUCUGGAAAAGUUGUUGUUGUAGGAGAUGGGGCAUGCGGGAAAACGUGUCUACUUGAAGUGUUUAGAAGAAACCAAUUCCCCGAAACAUAUAUCCCAACUGUUGUUGAUAAUUUUGUUAAAGAAGUAAAGAUUGCUGAUGACAAAUAUGUUUCUUUGGCCUUAUGGGAUACAGCAGGGCAGGAAGAUUACGACACAAUUAGGCCUCUUUCAUACAAAGAAACGGAUCUUGUUUUGCUGUGCUACACCAUAGAGAAUAAGAAGAAGAUCCCGAACAUUUCGAGAAAAUGGCUAAUGGAGAUAAAGAACUAUUGUCCCACAUCACAGUUCUUUCUCGUUGGAUUAAAAAAGGACAUGAGAGAUAUGGAUGACCCGACCAUUGAUAAAUCUUCGAUGGUCACAGAGGAUGAAGGAAAGAAGAUUGCAGACAACAUCAGUGCAACCAGAUUUUUUGAAUGCUCCUCACGUACCAGAGAAAAUGUGAAUCUUGUAUUCUUAGAGGCUGCAAAGCACAUAUGGGAUACAAAGCAAGCAGUCUCUGAGUCUGGGCCAUGUAGCCUCUUCUCAUGCAUGAGCUGCUGCCGCUAUGGAUAG